AUGGCUGAUGAAUUAGCGCGGGUGCAACAGUAUGAAUAUCGCCAGAACUCCAACUUGGUAUUGCAAGUUGAUUACAACCUUACGGACCGCCGAGGUCGUGAGGAACCUACUGGUGAGGUGUUGCCGCUGUCUGAUAGAGUCCUCAAAGGGAUGAAAAUGGGUGACAAAUAUAUGCGCACAAAAGCUCCAAUCCAAGAGCAGAAAAAGAAACGAAAGAAGAAGGCAGAUGAGGAAGAUUUUCGUAUCAUGUCCAAAUCUAUUAUCGGUGACAACACUGAGCUUAUGGGUAGCUAUAAGCCUCGCACACAAGAAACAAAACAGACUUAUGAAGUCAUUUUGGCAUUUAUACAGGAAGCUAUUGGCGACCAGCCUCGAGACAUUCUUUGUGGAGCUGCUGACGAAGUGCUAGCUGUCUUAAAAUCUGACAAAAUUCGAGAGAAAGAGAAAAAGAAGGAGGUUGAACUUUUGCUUGGUACGCUAACGGAUGAAAGAACUGCAGUGCUUAUUAAUUUGGCGAGGAAAAUUACAGAUUUUUCAAUGGAGGAUGAGCAUAAAAUGGAUAUGGAUGAAUUGGACGAGAAUGAAGGUGUCAACGUUCACUUUGACGAAUCAGAUGAAGAGCAAGAUGCAGUUAUAGACGAAAUUAAAAGCAAGUCUUUUUUUCGGGGGCUUAUUCGAUAUCCAAUAUUUUCAGAUGUUGACGAAAGUUCCAGUGAAGAUGAGGGAGGAGAAGAGGCAGAACACAAUGAAACGUUACGUGGAGGAGGCUUUGAUGAGGAAGAGGAAGCUGCAAAGAAGGACGCUCUUCAUCCACGCGAUAUAGAUGCUCACUGGAUCCAGCGAUCUUUGGCAAAGUUUUUCAAUGAUCCAAUUGUAGCGCAACAAAAAGUAACGGAAGUACUUAGCAUUUUGAAAGUGGGUUUACUUCCAUUUUUUCGAAACGACUUGAAUUUCUGCUGUUAUCUAUGUAAGUUUGUAUUGCGAAAGUGGAUCGUUAAGGAUUCCGUUGAUGAUCGUGAAUGUGAAAAUAAACUUGUCCUUCUUCUCGGAUUUGACCAUUUCGACUUCAUCCGGGUUCUGCGCCAGCAUCGGCACAUGGUCUUGUACUGUACAUUGUUGAAACAAGCCCAAGAUGAAGAAAAAAUCAAGAUCGAAGAAGAGAUGAAAUCGCGUCCUGAACUUCACCACAUUCUCGCACAACUUCUCGAAACUGACGAAACUGAUAUUGUUGAGACAGAACGUGCUAAACGAGAGAAAACAGCUCAAAGACGAGCUAUAGCUGCUGCUGGUGAGGAAGCAGUGGCUGCUGGGCAAUGGCUAGCCGGGAGGAAAGUGUUGGAUCUAGAGGAUCUGGCAUUUGCGCAAGGAAGUCAUCUGAUGAGCAAUAAGAGGUGUGAACUUCCCGACGGAUCCUAUAGAAAGCAGAAGAAAAGCUACGAAGAAAUUCACGUCCCCGCACUCAAGCCAAGGCCAUUUGCUGAAGGCGAAAAACUUAUUGACAUAACCGAGCUUCCAAAGUGGGCUCAACCAGCAUUCGACGGGUUUAAGUCUUUGAAUAGGAUUCAGUCUCGUCUUUGCGAAAGCGCUUUGAACAGUGAUGAACAUCUCUUGCUGUGUGCUCCUACU